AUGGAGUUUAAGAAUUUUCUUAUUUUCUUAGUAUUUCUGGCUAUAACUCAAUCUUACGCGAUCUCCAGCAGCCGAAAUCCUGACGACAAUGAUGAAAUAGAACAGACCUUGAUGACGAUACGAAAUGCAGAAGUAAAAAUGAAACAUGCUUUGAAGUCUAUCAUAAAACAAAGUCUACCUUACGUAAUGAAGAUUUUCGAAGAAGUAAAUGUAUCUUCAUCUUGUCUGAAGGCUUCAACGCACUUCCUGAGAGACUUGAUAAGACUAAAAGGAUGGACAUAUCAAUUAUUGGAUUCUAUAGGAAAACCGGCUGCCGGAAUUCUUGGAGGGAGUCCUUGGUUUCGGGGAGAUUAUGAUCAAUGUUUGGAUAUUGUAACUCACUUCAGUAAGAGAAAAUCUGCAAAUAAAGAGACAAUUCGAGGAAAAUUUUGUGCCGUGUCAAUGAAAUUUCCUUCGUUUAAUCAGGAAACUAUAAAAUUAAUUUCUAGAUAUGGAAAUAUUUCUUUGAUACAGCUAAUAAGAGAAAUCAUCAAGCCAUUAAAAUUAUCAAGAUUAUACGAAUUUAAAGGAACCAUUAUUCAGACACUUCGGUUUGAUGUUUGCAUUCCUAGUAUGUGUAACGAGAAUGAUUUGCAAAGUAUUGGACAUUGGGUAAUAGGAGAUCUGUUGCACGUGGAUUAUUGCAAAACAAUGGAUGACAAAUUAGAAAUUUCUAUUGCUCAACUGAUAUGUAUCAUCAGUUUUGGAUUGUUUCUAAUUUGGGUUUCGCUGGCUGCUAUAUUGGAAGUGCUGACCAAGUAUACGUCAUCCAAAGAAAAAUAUUUGUCACUAUUUCACUUACUCGAAAAUAUCUUUUACGAGAUAUUCCUGCAAGUAUUCGUCAUAAUUGAAUCCUUUUUCUUCUUCAGUGGAUUUUUAACAUUCCAUUCUCGAGAAACAAAUCAAAGACCAAUUAUUUAUUAUGUUCAGUUUAUAAUCAAACGAAUAAACAGAUUAACUCUUCCCGUUAUGUGUUCGUUGUUAUUGUGUAUUGUUUUACCUCUUCUCGGAGAUGGUCCUCAUUCGCAAGUGCUCGUUGAUCAUGGGAAAUUACUGGAACGGAAUUGGUGGAUGUACGUAAUUCACGUACAAAAUAUAUUUGAAAGAGAAUCAUUCAGUUCGAAUCAUCAGUUUUGGAUUGUUUCUAAUUUGGGUUUCGCUGGCUGCUAUAUUGGAAGUGUUGACCAAGUAUACGUCAUCCAAAGAUGGCCGAAAAGUGGAAUCGUGGUUACAUCAGCCUUGAUUCUUACAGGAAUUGCAACAGAUAUAAGUGAUCUUUAUACAGGAAAUUAUUAUGCAGUAGUUAGUAAUGCUAAUAAGUUGUUAGAAUACAGAAAUCAUCAUUACGUUUUGCCAUGGUUUUCUCAUAUGUCUACGUAUUUUCUUGGUGUACUGUUCGGAUGUCUUCUGCCAAAGAAUAAAACUGUCAGAUUUCAGAAGAAAACACUUAUCGUCCUUUGGAUUGCUUCUCUUGCCCUGUUGGGUCUAUCAAUAUUCUCCUUAUUUAAGUUGAAAAACGAAGAUUCUCCUAACGAAAACUACCUGAUUGCAUUUCAGUCGUUUGCUCCCUUGGCGUGGACAUUAGGUUUAAGUUGGAUUUGUGUGGCAUGUAUUACUGGAUAUGGAGGAAUGAUCAACCGAUUUUUUUCGUCGGACGUAUUUGUAAUAUUAGACCAUUUAAACAUUUGGAUAUAUCUAAUACACGCACCGGUAAUUUUUUAUAUUUCUGCAAAUAUAAGAAAUUCGAUAGUCCUGACGAAAAUGAAUUUGUGGAUGAUAUUUUUCUUUGUGCUAUUCCUCACAGUAAUCACUUCUAUGGUUUUCUAUGUAUUUAUCGAGUCGCCCAUAAACAAUCUGCUUUCCAAAUUACUGAAAAUAUUAUCAUCCAAGAAAGUGGUUUUUAAUAACAAGAACGAAAAUAAGAAAAUGCAAGACGGGCGCUAUUCGGAAAGUUAUCAUUCUUAA